GCAACACAGCCCACUUGUGAGCUGUCUCCUAGCGAAUCCUUGCGGGGGAAAGGAAUGGGCGUCAGCGCUCGAGCUCACCAUCCGAAGCACCGGUGCCACCAGGAGACGUGCGUGCCCGACGGCGCGUCGCUCGCGGCGAUGUACCUCUACGGCGACGUGCUCGAGUCCGUGGUGGAGCGGGUGCCGGUGGCCGACCUCGCCGCCGCGGCGCGGGUCUCGCGGGAGUGGCUCCGCGCGGUGCGCGCCGCGCUGCGCCGCCGCCCGCUGCGGCUGCCCUGGCUCGUCGUGCACCUCCAGGGCCGCGGGGGCCUCCGGUGCGCCGCGGCGUACGACCCGUGCUCGGGCGCCUGGCUCGCCGUGCCGGCGCCGCGCCACGCCACGCCGUCGCACGUCCGCCUCCUGCGCGGCGCGCGCGGGGACCGCGUCUGCGCGCUCUCGCUCUCGGGGCUCGCCGUCGCGGCCGAUCCGCUCGGCACGGCCGGAUGCGUCGCGUUGGAUGCCCCCGGCGUGUGGCGCAUCGACCCGGUGUUGGCCGCGGUGGGCGACCGCGUCGUCGCGCUCGGCGGCGCGUGCCGGCUGGCGCUGGCCGAGGGCGGCAACGCCGCCGCGGUCGAGGUCCACGAGGAUGGCGGGUGGACCGCCUGCGAUCCGAUGCCGGACGCGCUCAGGGACUCAGCCGCCGCGACGUGGCUCUCCACGGCCGCCACGGACCAGCGGGUGUACCUCGUGGAGAGGACCACCGGGUGGGCGAGCUGGUUCGACCCGGCGAACCGGCGGUGGGGCCCCACCCGUCGUCUCGGCCCCGACGCCGCCGUUACCACGUGGGGCGUCGCGCCCGGCCGCGCCGGCGCCGAGGACCGCCUCCUUCUGUUCGGGGCUAAGCGGGCAGACAAGGAGGCAGAGUGCACGGUCGUCGUCCAGGCAUGGGAGGUGGACGGCGACACUCUGGAACAGAGCCCCUCCGCAUCCAGCGAUGCGAUGCCGCCGGAGCUGUCCGAGAGGCUGUUUCGUCGUGACGACACUGAUGACGACGACGACGAAGAGGAACUGGACGACAUGACGUUGUCGAUCGGGGUGUGCGGCAACGCCGCGGGCGGGUACGUGUACAAUGCGGCCGAGCCGGCGAACGGCGCGGUGCUCUACGAGCUGUGGGAGGAGGGGAACGCCAUCGCCGUGGCCCGGUGGGACUGGGUGCCCUGCGCACCAGCUGUGCAGGCCCAGCCGCUGGGCCGUGCCAUCCUGGGCUGCUCGCCGGUGGGGCUGGAUGAGCUGGCGUUGGCCGUUGCUGCAAGGGGCCCACGCUGAACUCACGGCGGCGACACACCAAAUCAAGUGGAGCAACCGCUGUUUGCCACUUGCAAGUCAAGUCGUGAAAGACAAAAAGAUAUUCUUGUAUGGUGUGCCACUCUUGCUGUUUGGUUAGCUUUAAUCCGAAACGUUUCUAUUCCAGUAGCAUUUUAUCUUUAUAAAUUACAGCUUCAGCGGUCGC